CCUCAUGAAAUAAAAAGCUGAAAGGAAUUUGAAUAAAAAUUUUCUGCAUCUCAUGCCAAGGGGGAAACACCAGAAUCAAGUGUUCGUCAUAACUAAAGACACCCCUUCAUCCAAGAAUGCAAAGCACAUCCAAUAAAAGCGCUGGAUUAUAACUUCUUUUUUCUCUCUUUCGGGCCGUGGGGCGGGAGCCGGGACGCGAAGUGCUAUUGGUACCUGCAGCUUCUUUCCCCGGAAGGAUGGCGCAAGCCGGGAGAACAGGGUAUGAUAACCGGGAGAUCGUGAUGAAGUACAUCCAUUAUAAGCUGUCACAGAGGGGCUACGAGUGGGAUACUGGAGAUGAAGACUCCGCGCCCCUGAGGGCUGCCCCCACCCCUGGCAUCUUCUCCUUCCAGCCUGAGAGCAACCGGACGCCCGCUGUGCACCGAGACACGGCUGCCAGGACGUCGCCUCUACGGCCCCUUGUCGCCACCGCUGGGCCUGCGCUCAGCCCUGUGCCACCUGUGGUCCACCUGACCCUCCGCCGGGCUGGGGAUGACUUCUCUCGUCGCUACCGUCGCGACUUUGCAGAGAUGUCCAGUCAGCUGCACCUGACGCCCUUCACCGCGAGGGGACGCUUUGCCACGGUGGUGGAGGAACUCUUCAGGGAUGGGGUGAACUGGGGGAGGAUUGUGGCCUUCUUUGAGUUCGGUGGGGUCAUGUGUGUGGAGAGCGUCAACAGGGAGAUGUCACCCCUGGUGGACAACAUCGCUCUGUGGAUGACUGAGUACCUGAACCGGCAUCUGCACACCUGGAUCCAGGAUAACGGAGGCUGGGAUGCCUUUGUGGAACUAUAUGGCCCCAGCAUGCGACCUCUGUUUGAUUUCUCCUGGCUGUCUCUGAAGACGCUGCUCAGCCUGGCCCUGGUGGGGGCCUGCAUCACUCUGGGUGCAUACCUGGGCCACAAGUGAGGUCAGCAGACCUGCCCCAAACAAAUAUGCAAAAGGUUCACUAAAGCAGUAGAAAUUAUAUGCAUUAUCAAGGAUGGACCAUGAAACAAAGUUGUGAUUUUUUUUUAAAGCAGAACACACACACACACACACACACACACACACACACACACACACACACACACAUUCAGGCAAAUGGUCAAAUCAGCUAUUUACUGCCAAAGGGAAAUAUCAUUUAUUUUUUACAUUAUUU